UCUUCUAAACUCUGCUGGGCAUUAUUGCGCGUCAAAACAUUGCGUCUCUGCAGGACUUGUCAGGGCCGGAGAGAGAAGAGGAAAUUUGUCUAGGAAGGAAUGCGAAAGGGGAUUUAGGAUUGGCAGUGCCGUGAGAAAAAACGAGGAGGUGCGACAUCUUCUAAGCUACGUGGAGAUACGUGUUUUCUUCCCUUCAAAGGUGUUUGCCUCCCAACCCGACGCCCACCACGGCCCUCACCUGUGUGUUGCGGUGCUUCCCUUGUGAGCCGACCUGGGCUGGCAGUCCCUUCUUGCACCGCCCGCCAACUCCGCCCAUGGUCAGAAUGACGCGCUCCAAGACCUUCCAGGCGUACCUGCCCAGCUGCCACCGGACCUACAGCUGCAUCCACUGCCGAGCUCACCUGGCCAACCACGACGAGCUCAUCUCCAAGUCGUUUCAAGGCAGCCAAGGCAGGGCCUACCUGUUCAACUCAGUGGUGAACGUUGGGUGUGGCCCUGCAGAGGAGAGGGUCCUGCUCACAGGCCUGCAUGCUGUAGCAGACAUCUACUGUGAGAACUGCAAGACCACCCUGGGCUGGAAAUACGAACAUGCCUUUGAGAGCAGUCAGAAGUACAAAGAAGGCAAGUUCAUCAUUGAGCUGGCCCACAUGAUCAAGGACAACGGCUGGGACUGAGGGAUGAGCAGCCAGGACACAAAUGCAGCCGAGGAAAGGGGGGGUG